CCAAUUCCGAGCGUUCCGCACGUUGCGCCGCUCGUGCCAGUAGAGAACGAGCCAGUCGGUGGUGGCGCGUCUUGGACGCGAGUUGUUGCGAUGUGUCGGCUUACGAAUGCGCAUGGACCGGCGACGGUUUCGGUGCUCUUUUUACGUGUAUGCCUCCUAUCGUUCGUGCUCGUGUGGUGCCCGGUGUCAUGCCAGCAGGAAACCAGUUUGACGAAUCGCAUGCGGGCGAUAAGCGAGGACUUGGAUCGUCAGCUCAACGAAAUAAUGGCCUCGCAGGCGCUCAGCUACUCGACGUUCAACACCGUUGGGCUGCCCUACAACGCCACCACCAAGUUCAACCCGAAGGGCAUGGGACAGCUGUACAACGUUACGAAUAUGUUCAUCGACCUGGUGCAGAGCAAGCAGGCGUAUCCGGAAGGUAUGAUCACCCUGGUUGAUGGUGAACCGGUCUUUGCGGAUCCUCUGAAGGAAUGGAAGAUUUUAGUAACCCAUUACGGAGGGUUAGCCAGUCUCGGCCUGAUUGGACUUCUCCUAGCUGCUAUUCUUCCCUGUGUGGGUCUCUUUUUUUGCUGCUGCAGAUGCGCAGGUCAUUGCGGUGCCCGAAGUCAGCCUUUCGACAAAAAGCAUGAUCACUGCAGGAAGAUUAUGCUCAGCAUUGUCUUAAUCGGAGUCGCCACUAUUUUAUUAUUCGGCGUGGUGUGUGCAUUCGUGACGAACGAGUACAUGCAGGAGGGAAUCAAAGAGCUUCCGAGUAAUGCCAAGACUAGUCUAAAGGACGUCAAGCUCUACUUGGAUGCCACAAAGCAAGAGAUCAAGACCUUACUCGAGACCAACUGCAAGGAGCUGGAAAUUUCGCUCAACAAUAUUCUACAGGCCAGCGGAAAAAUAGUCACCGAACAAUUAGCGGAAUACUCGCACGCCGUCUCCUUAACGAAUCUAAACGACAUAGUUGCCGGUUUAGAAUCGAUUAGGGAAGAUUUGAGACUGAUGAAUAAUAUAACGCAGGGACUGCGAACAAAUGCCAGUCAAUUGGAUAUUGUUGUUCGCAGUGUCAAGAAAAACCUUCUUCACACAUUGUCUGCAUGCACGACCGACAAGUGCAAACGAGUUUUAAACGACUAUAAAGUCAAUCAGUUGUCGGUACAAGUGGAUUUUGAUAAAUACAUGGAUCGUUACUUCCCAAAGCUUCCGGAUGUUACAUUCGCGUUACAUAACAUUACUGUACUCAUGGACAGUAACAUAGUAUCGGAAGUGAGUCAAGGCAGAGAAUCGUUUCUGAAGAUACAAAAGGAUAUUCAACAUGCCGUUAAUCAGACGAUUCCUGUGGUUAGCGCAAGUAUAGAACGAGCUUGUAGCGACUUAAGCAAUAUCGCCAAAAACAUGACUGCCCUCAUCGACAGAAUAAAUGUCGACAUAGAUAGAGUUUAUAUUCGACAUUUAGAUACUGCUCAGAACAACAUAGAUCAGUAUUCGCCUUACAGAUACUAUCUCGGUCUUGGUAUAUCUGGUAUUCUUCUGACUGUCUUAAUGUGUUUGACAUGCGGCCUUCUGUGUGGUAUUUGUGGAAAACGUCCGGACGGAUACGGAGAUGAUUGUUGUAAUAAAGGAUCAGGAGCACGAUUUCUCAUGAUGGCUGUGUGGAUCAUCUUUCUUUUAACAAGCGUGUUGAUGGUUAUCACUGUUGCUCAUAUGAUCACUGGUGUUAUGGCUCAACGUGGUAUCUGUGAACCUUUGAAAAAUCCAGAGGACAAUAGAAUGUUCGAACUUGUUGACGAGUUUGUACAAAUCAAAAAAGUACUCUAUCCAAAAAAUCCUAAUGCAGAUAUUAAUAUGAGUUAUAUUGUUACCAAGUGCCAUGAAAACGAAACACUCUACAAAGUAUUGAACCUGAGAAAUGUGUUCGACGUCCGAAGUCUGCGCAAUUACACUGGACGUUAUGAUAUUAAUGAUACUAUCCAACAACUGCGUCGCAAAAUCAAUCUCUCUCCCGGUGUAGUAAUUUUAAAAGACAGCGCGAGAUCUAAGCUAAAUGAUUUAGCGCAGAGCGGUCUCAGUGAUAUCAAGUUUUAUCAGUACGCCGAACUGUUAGCGGAAAAUAUUACAAAUAUUAAUCUGGAACAUCUUGCUAAACAAUUACGAGAAGUUUCCGCUAAAUUACCGGAAAACCAGGAUGAUAUUAAGUUUAAUCUUGAAAAGAAUGCAUACGAUUUGGAACGUUAUCACAGAGAAUUGGUUGUGCCGAUGGCUAUGCUCAGUGAGCAAUUAAGCGCGAACGCGUUAAUGCUUCAGGAAAACAUUAAGUUCAAUCAUAGUUCGAUGGCGGACGCUAUUCACGAUUUAGUAGACGAAGUCACUAAAGCACAACAGUUUCUAAAUAAAGACGGUCCAGAAUAUGUCCAACAUCUGGCAACCAAAUUUGGUAAUGCGUUUUUGCAUCAAGUGGAUGAUUUCCUUGAGCACGUGAUAGAAGCGGCACUUUCUAACAUCGGAAGGUGCGCUCCCGUUUCGAAUGCAUAUAACGCGACACUUGUAGCAGGAUGUAAUAAGAUUUUAGAUCCAUUUAACGGUUUCUGGGCAAGUGUCGGUUGGUGCUUGAUCUUGUUUAUACCAACAAUAGUGCUCUGCGUGAAGCUAAGCGCUUUGUACCAAAAGUCAGAUCCGUAUCCCGGACCUCUUGUUGAAGCUGAAUAUUUGUAUGACGCGUACGCAGACAGGGAUAACAUACCCCUUGCCCACGUCCACGACAAGAAGCACGUCGGAUGUCACGGCAGGCAUCAUCCGGCAGCGUACGUCGAGAGUUACGACGGUCCGGCCGUGGGAUAUAACGAACGCGAAAGGAUCUCUGACGCCCAUCAAAGCACAUCGCAUCAUGACUCGAGAUAUUCCGACUUAGCGCCGAAAAAUUGGGAUUUCCCCAACGGUGGUCCGCCAAGAUAUCAACCAGCUGCCGGAGCUCCACCUCCUUUAAGUACUGAAUAUGAACGACCGCCACCCUAUUACUAUCCUGGGCCAGGAGAUAGAAAUUAGGAUACAAGUGCCGUGGCAUGCACGAAAGCAGCGUUGAACAGUGUGGCGACGCACAGCCUCACACGCAGCUACAAGCGAACGCUCAAAAGGAGAGAAAAAUCCGGAUGCAAGAGGGACUACGUAUAAUAUUUUCACAUUUAUUCUUGAGCGUGCCACGGAUUGUGCGGACACCAAAACUAAUUAUGACCAAGUAUGAUACAGACUGAGAUAGGCUAUUGAUUCUUUCGCGACAUUUCGUUUUUUUUAUAUGGUGCGCAAAUGGUAUAUGUGAUUAUCAUUUGAGUGCAACGCAAAGUUUCCUUGUCAUUAUUAUUAUAUUAAAAAAUGCAUAUUGAUACAUGUUUUUAUACCGCGUCUUUUUGCUGUCUUUUGUCUUUCAAUUAAGUCUCAAUUUAAUUAAAGAGUUUCGUUUCUAUUUUUCUAUUUAAAAGAUGAACAACUUGCAAAUGUUCGCGAUAUGAUGCAUUUUGUUAUUUUUUAUCGUAAGUAUCAAAAGCUUCUAUUUCUUACUUGACGUUUUUCGUCAGUCAGAACUACAGACACGCGCGCAGAACGAUCGAUCACAUACGAGAUGGUAUUGAAGUACUAUUGAAAAUGCAAAUAAACGGAUACACAAGAGAAAUCUUUUAACGACGUAUAAAAGACUGUGCGGCGUAAAAAAAAAGAAAAAAAAACUACGCAUAUCUGUCAAUAACCAUGUAGCACAAAUUAUUAAUGCUGCCAAUUCAAUAUGCCAUUUUCUCCGUAAAGGGCCUCCGCUAUUUCGAGACUGUCUCAAUCCACCUCUUUCGACACUGAAUAACGCCAUAUGAAAAUGCCAAACGAUACAUGUGUGAUUUACACGCAUUUCGAAGACACGUAAUGUGUCGCGUUGUAAAUGUUGCGAUUCAUUACUUCGGAUCUCGCUCGUUUCUAUAGCUAAGAGAAAACAAAAUAUGCAUUAGAAACCGAGUGUUCUGCCGAUACCGACUUCUGUCGUGGCAGAAAGAGAAUUUUCGAGCGGCACACAGUCGCUCUAUUAUAAAUACUCUGUGUAUACAUGUGGAUUUUUAAGUAGUCGUUUUCUUACUACUGUCUUAUCGUGUAACUUAUUGAUAUAAGCCGAGGAGAUUCUUACGUCGCGUAGAUCACGCCUGUAUGUUCGCGCUUAACUCGGAUCUACGCGCUGUAUAAAUCCUUAUAUACAAUAUAUGUGUAUUAUUGCAGCAUCCAUUCUAUUCGGGUACAGGCACACAAAUUUAAGUGUUCGAUGCUCAUACGCGUCGAUUUAACUCGUAUAUGACCAAUGUGAAAGUCUAUUAUUGUGUAUUAUAUUAUGAUAUAUUAUUGUUAUGAAUGUUGUCUUUACGAGUCAAACAACAAUUAAAUUAUAAGGUUCUUGUUUUUUUAGCUCAUUGAUUAUAAUAUAUCUUUCAAUAAAUUAUUAUAAAUUUGUUUUCUAAAUUGUGAUAAAAAAAAAAUAGCAUGUUUCCUGUCGCAGUAAUAUGCAUUUUGAAAAGAAAUUUAUCUAAUAAUGAUCUGUUUUAAAUUCGAUAAAGUGUUGUAAAAAAAGCUAUUGGUGAACAAAAAAAUUACUGUAACUCGACGACAAAGAAUAUGAAGGAUGUUGCGAAAUGACGAGUAUAGAUACAGACCGACACCAAGACGCUCCGCAAAUUGCUCUCACGCAUAUACAGAGUUCUCAGAACUGAUAUGAGAAAUAUGAAAGCGAAACUCGUAUUCCACAGUAUCUCUUUAAAAUUAUAUAUGCAUUUUCAUAAUUAUGAUUUAUGCAUUAUGAAAAUGCAUAUAUGCAUUAAUUAUAUAUGCAUUUUCAUAAUGAAAAUUUGCAUUAUGUAGGUCUCGCUUUGAUAUUUUUCAUAUAUUUCUUAGUGAGAUAUGCUAUUAAAGCAUUGAGCCCAGUGGGUGUUGGCAAUUGGAAUUGCCAAAAAGUCAUUCUUUCUUCGCGCACGCGUUCAAGCGCGGCGCGAAUAGGAGCGCAAGAGAGAUUGUUAGAAUAACAAAAACAAAAAAGUGAGUGAGAAGUAUGAAAGAAAAUAAAAGAAUGUAUGAGUAAUGUGUGAGAGAGAAAGAGAGAAAAGGAAAAAAAGAGAAAUGUCUCAAUUUGUAGCAAAAUAAAAAUUUUUGCAAAAUUCCCGCUGUAUCAUCACCGUAUAUUUACAAUAGUAGCAUAUAGGAGUUUUAAAAAUCUGCGUCUUAGUCUUAUCAACAUUUGACAUAACGUAUGCAUGCAUUACACGCGCGAGGAACACUGAUGUAUUUUAAACUAAUGAAACGUAAUAAUCGAAAAUAAGUGUGUGAAUUUGUGAAGCUCUUGUACACAUCCGAUGUUUUAGAAAUAUAUAAAGAAAUUACGAAGCGCGCGCGUUUUCGGAGAACGAGUGCCGUUUAUAGUACAUAUACACGUGAAAUAUUCCACAAAUAUCAAUAAACAAAUAAAAAAUCUAUAGCUUAGCGCGCCUGAAAUUUUGUCGGAAAAGAAAAUGCGGAAACGUUAAACACGUCCCUGAUGCUAUUUUUGUAAUAUAAUGACAACGUAGAAUUCAUGACUUGAAUUAGGCACUCUUUCUUCUAGUUCGCAGACGCGUUGAAUAAACGCGGUGUAAAGAGCUCAUUCAAAGAAACGUUCUUUAUUCCGACAAAAGUACGAAAAACUAAGUUUAAAGACAACAAAAUCGGACUGGAAAGAAAACAUUGAAAAGAUUUUCAGAUGUACAUAUUUUUGUGCCACAUAUUUCGAAAACCUAACACGAAAGUAUUCAAUUUGAAAUCUGAUUUAAAGUGUUACAACAAUUUUUUUUAUCGUGUUUUCUAAGCUAACGUAAUAACGGAAUACUUCACAAAGCUAUUUUAUCAGUCCGAUUUUUGAGAAAUUGAUAAAGAAAAAAGUAUAAUUCUUAUUGUCAUGACGUUGUUACAUUAAAUGGUUAAACGUUAUAGUCUUUACUCCCCCCCUCUCUCGUCUGCUCAAUUUUUCGGGAUACUAGUUUAAAAAACGACUAAGUAUCCUUCUUCC